AUGUCAACGACAGCAUCAACAAAAAUAUCAUCAACAAUAUCAAUAACAACAUCAACAACAACAUCAACAACAGCACCAACAACAAUAUUUAGCGAUGAUGCUAUAUUUCACAUUAUUACAAAAUUUCUUAAUGGAACAAAAUUAUACAAACAUCAAGAAACUGAUUUAAUUGAACCUGAAAACUAUCCUGCUCGUAAUAUUCAUAUUAUUAUUUGGAUAUUCACCAUUAUUACAUAUGUUCUUGCAAUUCCAAUAGCGAUAAGAUUAAUUCGAACAAAAGCUUAUUUAAAUAUAAUUGAUUAUUUUUCAUUUCAUAUUAUACUUUGUUCAUUUAUUUCAUGGAUACCAUCUUUAAUAUUUAUACUUUAUAAUUGGUUUCAAGUAUUUACAUUACGACUUUGUCGUUUACAUUAUGUUAUUCUCUCAACAAAUCUAACUGUUCCAUUUUUCUUUAUACUUUAUAUGAUUCUAGAACGUUUUCUCUAUGCUCAUCCAUCAUAUAAACAAAAAUUUACACAUUUUUCUAAUAUGUUUUAUAUUCAUUUAUAUGCAAUUUUUACUUGGCUUUUCAUAAUGCUUAUUUAUGCUCUUGCAUCACCAUUUACUCAACGUGAUACAAUAUCAAAAAUAUCUCAAUAUACAACGAAAUAUUGUCCAUAUAGUUAUUCUAAAUUAAGUGCAAUUUCAACAGCACGUUCAAUAAUUUAUUUUUGUUUAUUUGUACCAUCUAUAAUAUUAAUUGGUUUUGUUUUAAGAUAUUUUUAUCUUAUGCGUGGUACAAAUCAAAUUUCACCAAUACAAAAAUUAUGGACAAUACGUGUUACAUCAUUAUUAUGUAUUAUUGUUUUUUAUGAUAUCUAUUUAUAUUAUCUUGAACAUAUUACUGAUACAUAUAAAUCAGUUUUUUUAGCAUCAAUAUUACGUUCAACUUAUUAUUUAGUACAAUUAAUUGUAAUUGCUUGUACAGACCCAUAUUGGCUUGAAAUAUUAUUUGAACGUUGUAUUUGUCUAUGUUGUACAUUGACUGGUCGACGACGAAAACCAACAACGCCAGUUGCUAUAUCAACUGAAACAGAAAUACAUAAUUUACCAUAUUCAUCAUCCCAAGGACAUUAUUCACUUGUUGAUGAUACAGUUAAUGAUGAAUUUGAUGAAGCUACUCAUGGACCAGAACCAACAUUACGUGUUAUUGUUUAA